GUGCAGUGUGUAGUUUUGCCCUGCAAUCGUCAAAGAGUACUGGAGUACAACAGGCACGUUACGGUACCUAUAACAACCGAUGACAACUUGAAACGAUGCUACAGCAGCCAGAAUUGGUCCGACUUCUGACAGAUGGACAUUUAUUAUUAAAAAACUGCGAUGAAGACUGUUUGACAGGAAUCCAACAGGAGCCGAGGCAGAGUGUGGACGAGGAGGGAAAUCCGUUCAACUUCACCCCGCAGCUCAUCCACCUGCACAAGGACCACGAGUUCUUUGAGGAUGGGGAUAUUCACAGACACAUGUAUCUGCAAGACCUCUACAUCUCAGAGGCUGACGGCAAGCCACCACUCAGCGUGUCAGAGUUUGCCUGUCACAUUUCUGGCUGCAGUGCAGUCUUCAGCACUUUGGAGGAGUAUGAGCACCACUACAACUCCCUUCACAGACAUGUGUGCUGCUCUUGCCGCCGCUCCCUGCCAAGUGCCCGGCUCCUAGACAUUCACAUUCAGGAGUGGCAUGACUCUCUUUUCACUAUCCUUGCCCAGCGGCAAGAUUUGUACCAGUGUUUGGUGGAGGGCUGUGGACAGAAGUUCAGGACUAGUAAACACAGGAAAGACCACCUCAAGAUUCACAAGUAUCCUCCAGACUUCAGAUUUGACAAAACAAAAAGGACAGAGGAACCCGACAGAUGAAGAGACAGCAGCAGAAAGAUACAGCCAUGGAGUUAGUGGACGAUGUAUGUGAGUCUGAGGGUGUGAGUGAGGUUAUGUGUGAUGUGCUGUCCCACCAACUCGAGCAAGGAGAAUCCAUGGAGACGCAUGUGUCUGAGGAAGAAGCUGCUCGCAUGGCAAAGUCAGCCUCUACUGAGGAGCACGCAGAUCUUUCUGAGGCAGCUCACAGUACGGGGAGUACAAGCACGGAGCCACUAAAACCACGAUACUCCUACAGGGUCCCCACAACCGUGUGCUUCGGUCACGGCUCUGUCCGAGGCUUCAGAGGGCGGCGAGGAAGGAGGAAAUGAAACACCAGAACUCUGUUGUCUGUCCUUUUUUAAGAUAAAAAAAAACUAUACACUUGUCUAAUGAAUAUAUUUACUCUCAUAUGUAUCCUUUUCUUCAAAUAAAAUGUUUUUUUUAGUUUGUG